UUUGUCAUUUUAUAAACAAAGAGAUUCUAAAAAUAAAUCUUGCUUUUCUUUUGCUUAUAUUUUGAGUUCAACGUACACAAGGUUUUCUGGCUCUUGUGGGUUUCUAGUUUGAAGUGGUAAGACGCGCCGAAGAUGCCUUCCUUUCCUCUUAGUUUAGAACAAACUCUUCUCACUAAAAUGUGGGCAACAUUAGAACCUGGAAGUUCUCCUAUCGAUUGGUGUGAAGGCAACUAUAAAUUCUCGCCAUUAAUUGCAGAGUUUGUAAACACUUUCAGUAACAUCAUAUAUGUGGUACUACCACCUCUGCUAAUGCAUCUUUUUCGUGGCUAUGGAAAACUUGUUAAUCCCGGAAUUCACCUUAUAUGGGUAAUUCUUAUUGUCAUUGGACUGAGUUCGGCUUACUUUCAUGCUACUUUAAGUUUAGUUGGACAGUUGUUGGAUGAAGUAGCGAUACUGUGGGGAUUUUUCGUUGCAUUUUCAAUGUUUCUUCCAAGAAGACUGUUCCCGUCAUUUAUUGGAAAUGAUAGACAUAAUCUGUUUUUAGCCGCAAUCUGUCUAUGUGUAGUAGCCACUGUGUUGGCAGUUGUACAACCAGCAAUAAAUGCUUUUGCACUUAUGUGCCUGGGAAUUCCAUCUGUUAUAUUGCUAUUUCAUGAAAUGAACAGAGUUAGGGAUAUGAGGGUGUACAGAUUAGGUGUUCGUUGCGCUGCAAUGUGGGCCGUUGCUGUAUUUUGCUGGGUUAAUGAUAGACUACUGUGUGAAGCAUGGUCUUCGAUUAACUUUCCUUACUUGCAUGGCUUGUGGCAUGUAUUUAUAUUCCUCGCUUCCUAUACUGCAUGCGUUUUGUUCGCCUACUUCUCUGUCAAAGAAGAAAAGCCUCAUGAAAAGGCGACACUAAAAUAUUGGCCAAAGAAUGAUUUUGAGCUCUGCGUGCCGUACGUUUCAAUUAAAUCUCACGAUAAGGACUUAAACGAUAUUUAAUUGUAUCAAAAUUAAUGUGAUUGCAAUUAGGAGAAGUUUGUAUGUGAUUUUAUGCCAAAAUUGUACAGCCAAAUAUUUUUAUACGAAACAUUUAGAGAAUCUAAUAUUUUUCAGAAGUGUAUUGCAAUUACGAUAGCGUAGGAUUUUAUAUCUGUGGUAUGACUUAUUAUUUCGUAAGUGAAUUGUCCAAGAGUCAUUGUGUUUGUCUUAUAAACUCAUUUCUGGCUUUUGUUACAUGUUCUGAAAUGAUCUUUAGGUACUACAGCAAUAGUUUUAAUUUCAAUUUAAUUUAUUGUUAAUACUAAGUAACGAAUGUGUUAGUAGAAUACUCGUAAUAAAUUAAACUAAAUCUUA